UAAAAGCAAAAGGCUGCUCGGGCCGGAAGCAGGCUGGGCAGGCGCAGCCAUGGCGGUGGCGCUGACGCCUGUGGGAGCGCUGGGCGGCUCGGAGCCAGGCCCAGCGGAGGAGCUCGCCAAGCUCGAAUAUCUGUCCUUGGUGUCCAAGGUUUGCACCGAGCUGGACAAUCACUUGGGGAUCAACGACAAGGACCUGGCUGAGUUUGUGAUCAGCCUUGCUGAGAAAAAUACCACCCUUGAUACUUUCAAGGCUUCCCUGGUCAAAAAUGGCGCAGAAUUCACGGACUCUCUAGUCAGCAACCUGCUGCGCCUCAUCCAGACCAUGCGGCCGCCGGCCAAGGCAUCCACAAGCAAAGAUCCAGUUGUUAAGCCCAAGACUGAGAAGGAGAAGCUGAAGGAGCUGUUCCCAGGGCUCUGCCAGCCCGACAACCCCGCUGUCCGGACCAUGCUGGAUGAGGAUGAUGUGAAGGUCGCCGUGGACGUCCUGAAGGAGCUCGAGGCCCUGAUGCCCAGUGCUGCAGGCCAGGAGAAGCCGCGAGACGCGGAGCACAGGGACAGGAUGAAGAAGAAAAAGCGCAGCCGGAGCCGGGACCGGGACCGGGACAGGGACAGAGAGCGAGAUAGAGACAGAGACCACAGGCGCAGGCACCGGUCCCGCUCGCGGUCCCGGUCCCGGCCCCGGGACAGGAAUAAAGGGAGGUCCAGGUACCGGUCCAGGAGCAGGAGCCAGAGCCCCCCCAAGGAGCGGAAGGAGCCCCGGGACAAGUACGGGGAGAGGGGCCUGGACAGGUGGCGGGACAAGCAUGUGGACCGCCCACCACCCGAGGAGCCGGCCAUCGGCGACAUCUACAAUGGCAAGGUCACCAGCAUCAUGCAGUUCGGAUGCUUUGUGCAGCUGGAAGGGCUGAGGAAGCGGUGGGAAGGCCUGGUGCACAUUUCCGAGCUGCGGCGCGAGGGCCGCGUGGCCAAUGUGGCGGAUGUGGUGAGCAAAGGUCAGCGGGUCAAGGUCAAGGUGCUGUCCUUCACUGGGACCAAGACCAGCCUGAGCAUGAAGGAUGUGGAUCAGGAGAGUGGGGAGGACCUGAACCCCAACCGCCGGCGGAACCUGGUCGGGGAGGCCAGCGAGGAGGCUGCAAUGAGGAACCCGGACAGACCCAGCCACCUGUCGCUGGUCAGCGCCCCCGAGGUAGAGGACGACUCGCUGGAGCGCAAGCGCCUGACACGCAUCUCGGACCCUGAGAAGUGGGAGAUCAAGCAGAUGAUCGCGGCCAAUGUCCUCUCCAAAGAGGAGUUCCCAGACUUCGAUGAGGAGACCGGCAUCCUCCCGAAGGUGGACGAUGAGGAAGACGAGGACCUGGAGAUCGAACUGGUGGAGGAGGAGCCCCCGUUCCUUCGGGGCCACACAAAGCAGAGCAUGGACAUGAGCCCCAUCAAGAUCGUCAAGAACCCCGAUGGCUCCCUGUCCCAGGCUGCCAUGAUGCAGAGUGCGCUGGCCAAGGAGCGGCGUGAGCUGAAGCAGGCACAGCGCGAGGCUGAGAUGGACUCCAUCCCCAUGGGCCUCAACAAGCACUGGGUGGACCCCCUGCCUGAUGCUGAAGGCCGGCAGAUUGCAGCCAACAUGCGGGGCAUAGGAGUGAUGCCCAGUGACAUCCCCGAGUGGAAGAAGCAUGCGUUCGGCGGCAACAAGGCGUCGUACGGCAAGAAGACGCAGCUGUCCAUUGUGGAGCAGCGGGAGGGCCUACCCAUCUACAGGCUGAAGGGGCAGCUGGUGCAGGCCGUGCACGACAAUCAGAUCCUCAUUGUCAUUGGUGAGACUGGGUCCGGGAAGACCACGCAGAUCACCCAGUACCUAGCUGAGGCCGGCUAUACAGCUCGCGGCAAGAUCGGCUGCACGCAGCCACGGCGUGUGGCCGCCAUGUCCGUGGCCAAGCGUGUGUCCGAGGAGUUUGGCUGCUGCCUGGGCCAGGAGGUGGGCUACACCAUCCGCUUUGAGGACUGCACCAGCCCGGAAACUGUCAUCAAGUAUAUGACAGAUGGCAUGCUGCUGCGGGAGUGCCUGAUCGACCCUGACCUGACGCAGUACGCCAUCAUCAUGCUGGACGAGGCGCACGAGCGCACCAUCCACACUGACGUGCUCUUCGGGCUGCUCAAGAAGACAGUGCAGAAACGGCCGGACAUGAAGCUGAUCGUCACCUCAGCCACACUGGACGCGGUAAAAUUUUCCCAGUAUUUCUACGAGGCGCCCAUCUUCACCAUCCCGGGCCGCACCUACCCCGUGGAGAUCCUGUACACCAAGGAGCCCGAGACAGACUACCUGGAUGCCAGCCUCAUCACUGUCAUGCAGAUCCACCUCACUGAGCCACCAGGCGACAUCCUGGUCUUCCUGACCGGGCAGGAGGAGAUCGACACGGCCUGUGAGAUCCUGUACGAGCGGAUGAAGUCGCUGGGCCCUGAUGUGCCCGAGCUUAUCAUUCUGCCCGUGUACUCCGCACUGCCCAGCGAGAUGCAGACCCGCAUCUUCGACCCUGCCCCACCGGGCAGCAGGAAGGUCGUGAUUGCUACCAACAUUGCAGAGACCUCGUUGACCAUUGAUGGCAUCUACUAUGUGGUAGACCCUGGCUUUGUGAAACAGAAGGUCUAUAACUCCAAGACGGGCAUCGACCAGCUUGUGGUGACACCCAUCUCCCAGGCCCAGGCGAAGCAGCGCGCGGGCAGGGCGGGUCGCACGGGCCCAGGGAAAUGCUACCGGCUGUACACGGAGCGCGCGUACCGUGACGAGAUGCUGACCACCAACGUGCCCGAGAUCCAGAGGACCAACCUGGCCAGCACUGUGCUGUCUCUCAAGGCCAUGGGCAUCAAUGACCUGCUGUCCUUUGACUUCAUGGACGCCCCCCCGAUGGAGACCCUCAUCACAGCCAUGGAGCAGCUCUACACGCUGGGGGCCCUGGACGACGAGGGCCUGCUCACCCGCCUGGGCCGCAGGAUGGCUGAGUUCCCACUGGAGCCGAUGCUGUGCAAGAUGCUCAUCAUGUCUGUGCACUUGGGCUGCAGUGAGGAGAUGCUGACCAUCGUGUCCAUGCUGUCCGUGCAGAAUGUCUUCUACCGGCCCAAGGACAAGCAAGCACUAGCCGACCAGAAGAAGGCCAAAUUCCACCAGACCGAGGGUGACCACCUCACGCUGCUGGCCGUGUAUAACUCCUGGAAGAACAACAAGUUCUCCAAUCCCUGGUGCUACGAGAACUUCAUCCAGGCGCGCUCCCUGCGCCGGGCACAGGACAUCCGCAAGCAGAUGCUGGGCAUCAUGGACAGGCACAAGCUGGAUGUGGUGUCCUGUGGCAAGUCCACCGUGCGCGUGCAGAAGGCCAUCUGCAGUGGCUUCUUCCGCAACGCUGCCAAGAAGGACCCACAGGAGGGCUACCGCACACUCAUCGAUCAGCAGGUGGUCUACAUCCACCCCUCCAGUGCCCUCUUCAACCGGCAGCCCGAGUGGGUGGUAUACCAUGAGCUGGUGCUGACCACAAAGGAGUACAUGCGCGAGGUCACCACCAUCGACCCACGCUGGCUGGUGGAGUUCGCGCCCGCCUUCUUCAAGGUGUCCGACCCCACCAAGCUCAGCAAGCAGAAGAAGCAGCAGCGCCUGGAGCCACUGUACAACCGCUAUGAGGAGCCCAAUGCCUGGCGGAUCUCUCGCGCCUUCCGACGGCGCUGAGGCCCAGCCACCACCUGCGCUGCCACCUGUGCCCCCAGCCCUCCCUGUCCCUCCAUGUCCUCAGAAAUAUUUAUUUUUGUAAGGAAAUGAGAAUGGCCUCCCGUGCCUGUGUCUGUCUCCGGGAGGCUCAGGCUGAACCCUGUCUGAGAGGAGCCACUGGGAGCCGCCUUUGGCUCAGCCUGCCCGGCCCUGCCCCUUCGGCUGAAUUCUCCUCGACCUUGUGGGACGCUGCAGGCAGGCACUGCCACAUGCGUGGGGAUGGAGGUGCCCAAGUGCGGGGCUUCACGGUCCUGUAGGCAGCAGGCCUCUGACCUCCGCCCCAGGGCUGGGUCUCUGAGGUUUGUCUCCAAGGCUCCUUGGGCAGUGGGUACCACCACCCCCAGAAAGCUGAGAGGCCCUGCUCUGGGGACACUGCAGGGGGCCUGCGCCCUGCCCAUCUGUGGGUCCUGCAGCACUGGACGCCAAGACUGUGUUGUCACUGGGAAGCAGGAAAGCACCUUGCAAACAGUUCACGGGUUCAUGGGAACAGGUGGGGUGUGUGGGCCACAGGCCCCGUGGCCCCCUCUUCCUGCCCCACCCCACCUCCAGCUAGGUCUCAUGCCAGGCCUGCUCCUCAGCACAGUCCCCACUCUGCGUAAGAAAGGAACUUUGGGUUCUGCUUUGUGGCCCUGCGGGUUGGACCCCGGGAACUGAUCUGAGCCCCAGGCCUCUGGAGAAAGCCUCACCACAUUGCCCAAGCUGGCCUUGGACUUGGGAUGCUUCCGCUUCAGCCUCCCUCUUCCCACUAGUUAGGUUCCCACUAGUUAGGUCUGGUGGAGCUGGGGUCUCUGCCAUGACAGUGUGGCCAGGUGUGGCCUCCUGCUGUCCAUGGGAGAGGCAGCCUGCUGUACUCACUGUGGCCUGGGUCUCCCACACUGACAGCCUGGGGGUGUGGGUCUUGGGCACACUGGGGUCUUCCCAGCUUUGAAGUCUUGGUCACCCCAGCUCGGGAGUCCCAGCCUGCUCACAGAGCUACCCUUGGUGCAGCUGCUGGCUUCUAACAACCCUGCCCCCUCCCCUCACAGAGCCCUCCCUGUCACCCUUCCCUUGUGGUCAAGUGGAAUUAAAUUAUAUAUUUUUCUAAA